GUUUUCCCUCCGAUACGCAGCUUGAGAGGGAGAAGGCAAAAUGGAUUACAGCGGAGGAAACUGGACUAUGAUCCCCACGCACAGCUCCAACCUUACGCAAUCCAAUCAGGAUCCUCUCUUUCUUCAUCAACAACAACACCAAUUUCUGCAGCAGCAGCAGCAACAAACGUUUCAAGCUCAAACCCCGCAAUCUCCAUUUCAACAGCCGCAGCAAAACCUCUAUCAACAGCAACAUCAACCGCAGCGUCUUCUCCAACAACAUCAACAACAGCCGCUAUUGCAGCAACAACCCCAGCCACAACCUCAACCGCAGCAGAAUCCUCAUCAGUCCUUAGCUUCUCACUUUCACCUCUUGCAUUUGAUGGAGAAUUUGGCAGAGGUUGUCGAACAUGGAAAUAGGGAUCAGCAAUCAGAUGCAUUGAUUAAUGAGUUGAGCAGCCAUUUCGAGAGGUGCCAGCAGUUGUUAGACUCCAUUUCAGGCUCCAUUAGCACCAAGGCUAUGACAGUUGAGGGACAGAAGAAGAAGCUAGAGGAAAGUGAGCAAUUGCUAAAUCAGCGAAGAGACUUGAUUGCUAAUUACCGGAAGUCUGUGGAAGAGCUUGUUAAAUCUGAGCCAUAAGUUCCAGUCAAUCAAAUGUGGCUCUCUAUCAUCAAUAUCUGGAUAUUACGGUUCUGAAGG